UGAAGGACAAAAAGCCAGGAAGAACAAACAGGAAGCUUUUCCAACACUGGAGACUGUGUUCACAAAACUUCAACUCCUUUCAUAUUUUGAUCAGCAUCAAGUGACAUCUCAGAUAUCUAACAAUGUUCUAGAACAAAUCACAAGCUUUGCAUCAGGAACAUCCUAUCAUCUCCCUUUGGCUCACCACAUUCAGCUUAUCUUUGAUCUCAUGGAGCCGGCACUGAACAUCAAUGGACUAAUUGACUUUGCAAUACAGCUACUAAAUGAAUUGAGUGUUGUGGAAGCCGAACUCCUCCUGAAAUCCUCUAGCCUGGCAGGAAGUUACACUACGGGACUGUGUGUCUGCAUCGUGGCUGUUCUAAGGCGGUACCACAGUUGUCUGAUCCUGAAUCCCGAUCAGACAGCUCAGGUGUUUGAAGGGUUGUGUGGUGUGGUAAAGCAUGUUGUAAACCCCUCAGAAUGUUCUUCCCCUGAAAGAUGCAUCUUAGCCUACCUCUAUGAUCUCUACGUGUCAUGUAGCCACCUCAGAAGUAAAUUUGGAGACCUCUUCAGUGCCUGUUCAAAAGUAAAGCAAACCAUAUAUAAUAAUGUGAUGCCUGCAAAUUCUAAUUUGAGAUGGGAUCCAGACUUCAUGAUGGAUUUUAUUGAGAAUCCGUCAGCCCGUAGCAUCAACUACUCAAUGCUGGGCAAGAUCCUUAGUGACAAUGCGGCCAAUCGAUACAGCUUUGUCUGCAACACACUCAUGAAUGUAUGUAUGGGCCAUCAAGACCCCGGAAGGAUUAAUGACAUAGCCAAUUUCUCCUCCGAACUAACAGCCUGCUGCACUGUUCUUAGUUCAGAAUGGCUGGGGGUUCUGAAGGCUCUUUGUUGUUCUUCCAAUCAUGUGUGGGGAUUCAAUGAUGUACUUUGCACUGUAGAUGUGAGUGACCUUUCAUUCCAUGAUUCAUUAGCUACUUUCAUUGCUAUUCUGAUAGCACGACAGUGUUUUUCCCUGGAGGACGUCGUGCAGCAUGUCGCACUUCCCUCUCUCCUAGCAGCCGCUUGUGGAGAUGCGGAUGCUGAGCCGGGGGCGAGAAUGACAUGUCGACUCCUGCUUCAUCUCUUCCGAGCUCCCCAGGCCUGCUUAUUACCUCAAGCAACGGGCAAGCCUUUUCCCGGAAUUAGAUCAUCUUGUGAUCGACACCUCUUAGCUGCUGCUCACAACAGCAUUGAAGUGGGAGCCGUGUUUGCUGUCUUAAAAGCAAUUAUGAUGCUUGGAGAUGCAAAAAUUGGCAAUAAUAAUGUCAGCUCUUUAAAGAAUGAUGACUUCACCGUAAGGGGUUUACGACGUGAUGGGAAUGCUGAUGAUAUCUGGACUGCCUCACAAAAUUCAAAAUCUUGCGGGAAAAGCAUUUCCAUAGAAACUGCCAAUUUAAGAGAAUAUGCUAGAUAUGUACUGAGGACUAUCUGUCAACAGGAAUGGGUCGGAGAACAUUGCUUAAAAGAGCCUGAAAGAUUAUGCACAGACAAAGAACUUAUAUUGGACCCUGUGCUUUCAAAUAUGCAAGCACAGAAAUUAUUGCAGCUUAUCUGUUAUCCUCACGGCAUUAAAGAAUGUACUGAGGGGGACAACCUGCAAAGGCAACACAUUAAGCGCAUUCUUCAGAACCUUGAGCAGUGGACACUAAGGCAGUCUUGGCUAGAACUUCAGCUAAUGAUCAAACAGUGCCUGAAAGACCCUGGUUCUGGGUCUGUGGCUGAAAUGAACAACUUACUGGAUAACAUUGCAAAGGCGACAAUAGAGGUAUUCCAGCAGUCUGCUGACUUGAACAAUAAUUCUUCCAACUCUGGAAUGGGUCUCUUCAACCCAAUUGGCAUUGGAGGUACUGAUACAAGUAGUACCAGACAGAAUGGAAUAAAGACAUUUCUAAGCUCCUCUGAACGUAGGGGUGUGUGGCUGGUGGCCCCCCUAAUUGCCAGGCUGCCAACUUCUGUGCAAGGAAGAGUGUUGAAAGCUGCUGGGGAAGAGUUGGAAAAGGGACAGCACUUGGGUUCUUCUUCAAAAAAGGAAAGAGACAGACAAAAACAGAAAAGUAUGUCUCUCUUGAGUCAACAACCUUUUCUGUCACUGGUACUUACCUGUCUUAAGGGGCAAGAUGAACAACGGGAAGGCCUCCUAACAUCUCUUCAGAAUCAAGUUAAUCAGAUUUUAAGCAACUGGAGAGAAGAACGAUAUCAGGAUGAUAUAAAAGCACGGCAGAUGAUGCAUGAGGCAUUGCAACUGCGCCUGAAUUUGGUAGGAGGAAUGUUUGACACAGUGCAGAGGAGUACUCAGUGGACAACGGACUGGGCACUCCUGCUCCUUCAGAUAAUUACUUCAGGAACUGUUGACAUGCACACUAACAAUGAAUUAUUCACAACAGUUCUUGACAUGCUGGGUGUUUUAAUCAAUGGAACAUUAGCCUCUGAUCUAUCAAAUGCAUCCCCAGGGGGAUCUGAAGAGAACAAACGGGCAUAUAUGAAUUUGGUGAAGAAACUGAAAAAAGAGCUAGGAGACAAGCGGUCAGAAAGUAUUGACAAAGUUCGACAGUUGCUACCUUUGCCGAAACAGACAUGUGAUGUCAUCACUUGUGAACCUAUGGGUUCCUUGAUUGACACAAAAGGAAACAAAAUUGCUGGAUUUGACUCUAUAGAUAAAAAACAGGGUCUCCAGGUCUCUACGAAGCAGAAGGUGUCCCCGUGGGAUUUGUUCGAGGGUCAGAAGAACCCAGCUCCUCUCUCCUGGGCCUGGUUUGGAACUGUCCGAGUGGACAGAAAGGUGAUCAAGUAUGAAGAGCAGCAUCAUCUCCUUCUGUAUCACACACACCCCAUGCCCAAGCCCCGAAGUUACUACCUCGAGCCACUGCCCCUGCCUCCCGAGGAGGAAGAGGAAGAGCCCACUUCUCCCAUAUCUCAGGAACCAGAAAGGAAAUCAGCAGAGCUCUCAGAUCAGGGAAAAACUACAAUGGAUGAAGAGAAGAAAACAAAGGGAAGGAAGCGUAAGACGAAAUCAAGCUCAAGAGUUGACGAGUAUCCACAGAGCAGCAUAUACCGAGUGCCUCCUAAUUACUCACCCAUUUCCUCCCAAAUGAUGCAUCAUUCACAGUCUACCUUGUGGGGUUACAACCUCAUUGGCCAACCCCAGCAGCCUGGCUUUUUCCUUCAGAACCAAUCCCUUACUCCAGGUGGCUCCAGAUUGGACCCUGCAGGUUCCUUUGUCCCAACAAAUACCAAACAAGCUCUCUCGAACAUGCUGCAGCGGCGCUCGGGUGCCAUGAUGCAGCCGCCCGCCCUCCACACAAUCACGUCGCAGCAGCAGUUGAUACAGAUGAAGCUUCUGCAGCAGCAGCAGCAACAGCGGCUUCUCAGGCAAGCCCAGGCUCGACCUUUCCAACAGGGUCAGCCGGGGGACCAGGCUGCUCUCUUUGCUGCACAGGCACGGCCCUCCCCUCAGCUCCCUCAAUAUCCAGGGCUGCAGCAAGUACAGACCAUGCCCCAGGGUUAUACGAUGUAUGGAACACAGAUGCCUUUGCAGCAGACCCCGCAGCAGCAGGCUGGCAGCAUGGUCCUGUCUCCCAGCUAUAACUCCAGAACUUAUCCAGCUGCACAUUCCAACCCUGUGCUAAUGGAAAGACUCAGGCAGAUGCAGCAGCCACCAAGUGGCUAUGUUCAGCAGCAGGCCUCACCAUACCUGCAGCCCCUGACUGGCUCUCAGAGGAUAAAUCAACAGUCUCUACAGCAGAGCCCUCUGGUGGGUGGAGGAAUCGACGCUGUGCUGACGCCUGCACAUCCGAACCUCCCCUCGGUGCCCCUGCCUCAGGACCCGAUGAGGCCCCGGCAGCCGCAGGUUCGGCAGCAGCAGAGACUCCUCCAGAUGCAGCAGCCCCAGCAGCCCACCCAGCCCCAGCAGCCCGCCCAGCCCCAGCAGUCCUCACAGCCCCCGAGUCAGGCCCUGGGUCUCCAAGCAAUGCAGCCCCAGCAGGCUUUGUUUCCCAGGCAAGGCUUGCAGCAGACCCAGCAGCAGCAACAGACGGCCGCCUUGGUGCGGCAGCUCCAGAAACAGCUUUCUAGUAACCAGCCACAGCAAGGAGUAACUCCCUAUGGGCAUCCUUCACACUUCUGAAUCUGGAAGAGGGGAGACACGAAGUUUCAUGUUUGCACUGAAAAAUAGAAAAUCAAAUUCAAUGCAUUAGUCAUUCUUAGAAAUAUCCCUUUGUUCUUUCAUUUUGUUAGAGUUUUCCUAUUAUUUUAUGUUACAUUUCAUCUGAAGGUGUUUAAACAAAAAAGCAAAGGGGAAGUUGUGGUUUGGUUUUGUUGCAUUCACCUUUAAAGUACGUUUAAUAAUGUGGAUCAACAUAUGGGCCUUCUCCAGGAAGAAUCUGGUAACAGACUUUUGAAAUUGGUGCUUUCUUGAAUCUCAUAUUUACAGAAAGAAUGAUUUAGGGUGGAUUUAAGAUUUUUGUGUAUUCAUUAAUGAUGCUGACAUCAACCCCCCUGCCCCCC